CAUUGCAGAGGCUUAAAACAUCCAUCGGAGCUAGAGGCGGAGAAACCCUCUUGUUGCGCUCUCCAGCAGACGCUGCCUUCUUCUGCUGUUGACUGCCUUUCGGAACUAAGAGAGAAUGGCAAACGCCGAUGUAGUAGAAGCGGUGGACUUCGAGCCGGAGGACGACGAUCUCAUGGACGAGGACGUCGAUGCCGCCGCCGGUUCUUAUUCCCCCGGGAAGGCCGCUCCUCCAAUCCCCAAGCUCAAGUCCGCCAUCACUGGCGGAGGCGGAGGUUCCUCGUCGGCUCCGAAGAAGAUCAAAGGCCGUGGCUUCCGCGAAGAGGCCAACGCAGAUCGUGACUCCCGCAUGGCUGGUCGUUUCGAUUCUCUCCACUCCGAGGGUGGCCCUGGCCCCGAACGAUCUAUUGAAGGAUGGAUUAUUCUUGUCACUGGAGUUCAUGAAGAAGCUCAAGAAGAUGAUCUGCAAAAUGCAUUUGGUGAAUUUGGGGAGAUAAAAAAUUUGCAUUUGAAUCUUGACCGUCGAACUGGAUUUGUUAAGGGAUAUGCACUAAUUGAAUAUGAGAACUUUGAAGAGGCACAGAAAGCUAUUAAGGAGAUGGAUGGAACUGAACUGCUCACUCAAACCAUCAGUGUUGAUUGGGCAUUUAGCAAAGGUCCAUUCAGGAGGAGGAACAUGAGGAGGAGAUCACCGCGUGGGCACCGUUCAAGAAGCCCCAGGAGGAGAUUUUAAGGGGUUUUGGAUUUUAUCUUGCGAGAAAUCAGAUGUUUGGACAGGAGUUUUUAGUACUUGGAACUGAUUAUGUAUGAUUAGUCUCUUGGCUGAGUAUCCGUUGCACCCCCCCUUUGGUUUGUUUUUCCUCUUUGCUGAGUUUCCCCUUUUCACCUCAUCCUACCAAAAUGAUAUACUGCCUUGUUACCAUGUUUGACCAUUUUGAUUGUGAGACGUUGGAUUCAUGUUAGCUGUGCUUUCCCCUGCCCAUGUAUUUUCAUCUUAAUUUCCUAAUUUCCCUAGAAAUUGUAGUUGGCUUAUUCUAUGAAACUAUGAAUACUGACUGGGUUAUUUCGGAAUCGCAAUGAGGCUUUGUUUUUGGAGUUCAAAUAUUAUGGAUAACAUUCAUUCCCA